GAGGAAAUUUCUCAAGCAGCUUGCACUUAUUUGGCAGGUUGUCUGUUGCCCAUUAACAGAUUUCCUUACACUUGUCUGAGUCAUAUCGUUGUUUUACAGCUUUUACUGUGGGGUUUUUUUGGCAAGUAGAUGAUACUGACUGUUGGUAAACUGGAACGUAUUGUUACCCAGAGUCCUUUGCUCUGAACUGACUUGAAAAACAAGUUUCCGAAUUGUAAAUGAAAGUGAUCCUUACAUAGUGCGAAAAACAGCUGAGAGCUUCGUCAACCAAAUUCUGAAUUCUUUCAAGCUAUCACCUGUGAUAUUUUAAGGUGAUAUUUGUUCUGGUGAAGAAUGUUCUCUUCGGUGAAGCCCUUCAUGAACCAGCAGUAUUACACCUUGAAGAAAGAGUGCCAAAAGAAUAAAGUUCUCUUCGAGGACCCUCUAUUUCCACCCAACAAUGACUCCCUGUUCUGGAAGACCCAGCGGGUCCAAGGAGUGCAGUGGAAACGCCCCAAGGAGAUCUGCAAUGACCCUCGCCUCUUCGUGGAUGGCAUCAGCUCACACGACUUGCACCAGGGACAGGUUGGGAACUGCUGGUUUGUGGCGGCCUGCUCCUCGCUGGCUUCUCGUGAGGUCUUGUGGCAGAAGGUGAUUCCCAACUGGAAGGAACAGGAGUGGAACACGGAAAAGCCUGAAAAUUACACCGGGAUCUUUCACUUCAAUUUCUGGCGGUUUGGGGAGUGGAUAGAUGUGGUGAUCGAUGACAGACUCCCGACAAUCAAUAAUGAGCUCAUCUACUGCCAUUCCAAUGAGAAGAACGAGCUGUGGUGUGCAUUGGUGGAGAAGGCUUAUGCCAAGCUGGCGGGAUGCUACGAGGCUCUUGAUGGCGGCAACACAGCAGACGCCCUUGUUGAUUUCACCGGCGGGGUCUCCGAACCCGUCGAGCUCUUAGAAGGAGAAUACAACGCGGACGCCAAUAAGAGAAAUGAACUUUUCGAGCGAGUCCUGAAAGUACAUAAUCGCGGAGGCCUAAUCAGCUGCUCCAUCAAGGCAACUUCGGCGGCUGACAUGGAAGCGCGGCUUUCUUGCGGCCUAGUAAAGGGCCACGCCUACGCUGUGACGGAUGUACGGAAAGUGCGCUUGGGCCAUGGGCUCAUGGCAUUUUUCAAGUCUGAGAAACUGGAUAUGAUCAGAAUGCGCAAUCCAUGGGGUGAACGAGAGUGGAACGGGCCAUGGAGUGACAGUUCAGAGGAAUGGCAAAAAGUGAGCAAGAGCGAGCGGGAAAAACUUGGCGUGACCGUGCAGGAUGACGGUGAAUUCUGGAUGACGUUUGAAGAUUUCUGCAAAUAUUACACUGACAUCAUCAUGUGUAGACUCAUAAACACGUCCUAUUUGAGCAUUCACAAGACUUGGGAGGAGGCUGUGCUGUGUGGGUCUUGGAUAAGGCAUGAAGACCCUCUAAAGAACCGGUCAGGGGGCUGCCUCAAUAACAAAACCACGUUUCUCCAGAACCCCCAGUUUGUGUUUGAUGUAAAGAAACCAGAGGAUGAGAUUCUUGUUUGCCUACAGCAGAAAACCAAAAGGACCACGCGGAAAGACGGGAAAGCGGAAAACCUAGCUAUUGGUUUUGAUGUGCUCAGGGUGGAGCUGAACCGCAAAUACCGCAUGCAUACCGUCCAGCCGAAGGUCGCCAGUUCCGUCUACAUAAACUCGCGCAGUGUCUUCUUCAGGAGUGAGCUAAAAGAAGGUCGCUAUGUCAUCAUUCCCACCACAUUCGAGCCGGGAGAAACGGGAGACUUCCUGCUCCGAGUCUUCAGUGAUGUGCCUUCAAACUGCUGCGAGCUGACGGUAGAUGAGCCACUAAAAACAUGCUGGUCGGGGAUGUGCGGGUUCCCCCAGGUGGUGUCUCAGGUCCACGUGGUCAGCGCUGCAGGACUCAAACAUCAAGACUCUGAAGGAGGUGCUGAUCCCUAUGUCAUCAUUAGCUGCGAAGGGAACAAAGUUCAGUCUCCAGUCAUCAAGGACAACCUGGAUCCCAAAUUUGAUGUCAAAGGGUUGUUCUUCCGCAAGAAACCUGGACAGCCGAUUAUUGUUCAGAUCUGGAAUCACAACGUAGUGAAGGAUGAAUUCAUGGGUCAGGUGGUCCUCUCCGCAGAAGCCAACAAUCAGCCGUCCCAACACAGCCUCCCCCUCCAGGACAAGAGCAACAAGUCCAAUCCUCAGGUCUCUGGCUCGGUCCAGCUGGUCCUGUUCACCUGCAACACCCUCACCGGCAUCUAACCGCCACGUGCCAUAACCGCCACGUGCCAUAACCGCCAGAUAGACCUCUCCGCAGUAGGUGCCUUUUGGAAGACCAAGGAUUGUUGGACGGUUGAGCUUCUUUACAGACAAUGGACACUUUGGUGCAUCGGCUUGUGUCCUCCUUAUUCACCGAUAUCCUUUAUGGCCAUAUGGUAAAAUAUCGAGCCGGAUGCAUGCGGUCCGUGUGAUUUUCAAAGCCAAAACAAAUGUACUUACAGGGAAUCCGAGUCAUUGAUGGUAAUCGGUGACUUUGUGGCCAUAUCUUGUGUCCUAGUUCAUUCAGGUCUAUUCAAGUUAUUCUAUUUAGUAUUGUAUCUAUUAUAGGAAGAAUCGAUCACCAUUAACCAAUCAUUAUGUUUAGAUCAUAUCGCUAAGAAGUUUUAUAUCCCCUUUAGAAGUAAUAAUCAAAAUCUAUUUUCUGUGGACUUCUGACGGUACCUUUUUAAAGCCCAACUGGACUUUCAGUUUUAAUUGCCUAAAAACAUUUCAGGAGCAUCAAUGCAAAAGGUUUUCAAAGUCUUACAUUAACCACUUGCUUACCGGGCACAUAUACCCCCAUCCUGCCCAGGUGAAAUUUCAGCUUCCAGCAC